GAUAGUUGCCGGGGUCACUACAACAAUGUCUCAUCCGUGCUUUUCCAUCCCAAUGCAGAGCUUAUAUUAUCCAAUUCUGAAGAUAAGUCAAUCCGUGUCUGGGAUAUGCAGAAGAGAACUAGCUUGCACGUCUUCAGACAUGAGAAUGAACGCUUCUGGGUUCUAUCAGCACACCCUAGUCUCAACAUGUUUGCUGCCGGUCACGAUAAUGGAAUGAUCGUUUUUAAAAUUCAACGCGAGCGGCCUGCCUAUUGCAUCAGUGAGAAUCUUGCUUUCUAUGUCAAGGACAAGCAGCUGCGUCGUCUCGAUCUUACAACUGACAAGGACCAAGCAGUGUGCAAGUUACGUGCUGCUGCCGCUUUCAUGCAACCUUACUAUGCUCUGUCAUACAAUCCAGCUGAAAACGCAUUUUUGCUCACUAGUCGAUCACACAACAAGGAGCAGUGUUUCUAUGACAUCUACAGAGUCGCAAGAGAUUCUGAUGGUAAUACUGAAGCACCGGUUAAUCGUUCUCCUGGAAUUGCUGCUGUAUGGGUUGCGCGCAAUCGUUACGCGGUGCUGGAUAAAAAUCAACAAGUGUGUGUGUUAAGG